AGACAACACCCUGACAAUGGCACGUUGUCAGAACAGCUCAGAGCUCGUUGCAGACAGGGUUUGGGACUAGAGCAGGAAUUACUGAGAAUAAGGAGCAAAAUUUGAAAAAAUUCAACCUGAAGGAGCUUUGCUUUUUUAGAGGCAGCUGCUGCCUUCCUUCCCUGACCUGAUGGCUGUUUCCUACAGAACCUCUGCAGUUGAACAGACGAUACGUUUGCUCAGUAUUGCUAGGCUCUGAAUUGUUCUCUGACUCGCUCUGAAGAACUCAUUUGGAUGUAGAGGAACAAGCGAUGCUGAAUAUUCUAACCCAGGUGAUGGAAAGCAGACAGCCCUAGUUAUGAGCCCGUGCUUCUCUUCUAUGGAUCUAUGUGCAAUUCUUGUAUGUGUUUUUUAAAGCUGUAUGUUACAGUGUUCACUUUACACACCAGCCUUUACCGGAUGCUAGAUCUGCAGCCCCUUCCUUUACUUUCCUGGCACAUAAAUGCAGCUAUCCAUGCGUUCCUUUUAUGGAUGGAUGUUUCAUCUUAAUUGUGAAAACUGUGAGGAAUCAAUUCACUUCAGCCUUGAAACAAAUAGCCACUUUAUACAGCGUAUGCAUGCUUGGACCAGAUGCAUGGAAACGGAACAAACAGUCCUGCAGGCUUAAGGUCAGCAAAACUAGCUCUGGAUCCACACCAUUCAUUUGGAGGGGUUGAAAUUUCUGUGUCGUUCUUCUCUGGCAUCUCUCAGAGCUAAGCUGAGUACUGUGUAAGCCUACAUCGAUUGUGCUGUAGUACGUAGACAGUCUCUGUGACCUUUCUCAAGACUUUCUGAAACUUCAGAUUAUUAUUCUUGUGUUUGAUUCACCUGUAUCAGUGAAGGAUCAGGCAAGGAUAAGGGUAAUAUAUUUUCAUGUGAUAUGUACUUUUUCUUUCUUUUCUUGGCAAGAAGGUGAGGAUGGCGGCACUGAUGGGGAAGAAAAAAGACUGUGCUUUAAAAGCCCAAGUGCAAUGUAUGUAGUUGAGAUACCUCGCUACAUCGGGAAAGAAAGUUUCUAUACUACUGCCGAGCAGCUUGUAGAAGAGCCUUUACAAAGGAUCACACACAUGCUGGGUGCAGCCCUGCUUUACCUGGAGGCAGGAGGGCAGUGCCCUCACGGCUUACAUACACCGAGCAUGCCAAGCCACGCGCAUCCUAUCUGCUAGCUGUUCGUCACAGUGCUGAGCUGAGAGUAGGGCUUCGUGUUCUCUGUGGUCUGGUUUGUGUUUGUUUCACUGUGCCCGUGUGCACAUAACUUCCACCCAACUCACGUAGGCUGUUGGAGCAGUUCUUGGACCACUUGUCAUUGCAGGGGGCUCGUUCCUUGAAGCCAGUAGGUUUCCACGUUUUCGGAUUCACUUUCAUGUCAACACGCACAUGCAAAGUUGGAUUUUGAAUGUUUUACAACCAUAUGUAUUUAAUGCAGCUGGUCCGAAGCCUUUGUAUCUCUAGCUAUCUAAUUUCUGUUUGUAUUUUUUUGUGAUGAACCAAUACUCACUUUAACUCUGCAGUAUAACCAAGCAUGGAUAGAUGUUCACUACCCAUCCCUUCUCGUGCAGCACUGGGUAAACUUUAGCAAUUUGCAAUGUUGUGUGUGUUUUUCUUUAGAGAAGUCAAACACAGUCUGGCCUGAGGUAUUCCUUCGGGGUGCUUGAGGCUGACUUUGCAGGUGUGCCCAUAACUCUGAUGCUGGUGAUGGUAAUGUUUGUGGUGGUCCUUCAUCCUGGCAACGGCUAUUGCCGCAUAAAUAUCCGAGAAUGUACGCAUUAAACUGAUUGUAAACAGAUCCUAAGAAUGCUACAGCAUAAUUGCGAAGCAAAAGGAAAAAAACCCCUUCUGUUUGCAGUUGAGAUCCUGUGUAUGGCAGGAACCAAACCCCCGGCUGUGCAUGUUUUAACUCACCCGGAUACGUGCACAGAUCUUGAAUUUUUUAGCAGUCGCACUUUCGGUUGAGCUCAAGAAAUAGGAAGAGCUGCAAAUCUAAGAUAACAGUAUUGAUUGUAAAUAUAUAUUUUUCUAUUAAUAAAAGCUGUCAUUCAGAUAUUUUUAUCAUGAACUCUAAAGAAUUUUCCAGUGGAACUAACCUCUGGAAAAUCACGUGCUUGCUUGAAGAACUACGAUGAGUGGUUUCUGAUCUCAUUAGAGCCAUUAAAGCCCUCUCUAACGUUACGGAGGGGGCACAGUGAUUGGAUUCACAACAUGUAGUGCCUUGUCCAAAAACUAAAACGAAGCCGGUCAGUUGGUGGAAAUCUUAUUCUUCUUGUAAUAGCCCUAUAAAUAAUACUGCCCGCGUUAAGAUGCAGAAGAAAUAAAUUGAUCAAUAAAUUAAAUGCUGUACUUUGUACAAUACUGAGUUGACCUAUCCACUAAGAUCUGUUUCUGAAGUUGCAGUUAGGUGAGUUGCUUGUAGUACAGCAUAAGCCUGAUUAACAACCCAAACUGUGGGCUUUCAGGUCUGGAACUGCAUCUGCACAGGGAGAACAGGACGAGUCAAUUGGUUAGACUGACGGCUGCAUCAAAACAAGCCUAAUGCUUUGACAAUCUGCUGCGCACGCUCAGCUCUAGGAGACGAGGAGCUGCAUUAGUGUGGAAGGAGCGGUGCAGGUAAGGUGUGCUGAUCCCAAGGGCAGUAGUGGAUGCGCUGCACACCGUGCUCUGUGGAUGAAAUGUCCACCUCUGGUAUAAGAGGGGUCCUGAAAAACCUACUCCUUGAGAUGUUACGGAGGAUGGGUUUGUUGUGUCUUUCUUACAUUGGAAUUACUUAUUCCUCAGAUCUGAUAGGCUCAAUACGCGUAACCAGGUGAAUAUAUAGAGGAUCUAUCAGCAAAACCUUACCUAGAAAUUUUCAGGAAUGAGGGAAUCCAGAAUCUUAUUUUGGAGCCUCGGCAGUGUCCAGUACAGAGGCCUGAUCUCUCUUCAGCCUUCAGACACGAUGAAACCAACAACACAAGCCGGGAUGCUUUGUUGCUGGCCCGCAGACAGGAACGCACGCAGCAUUUACUCCAACACUCCACCUUAAACCUGGUGUGCUCCACGCAUCCCAGCAGCCCCCACAAGGUAGGGAUGGAUCAUUUUGACAUUUUAACGCAGAAGAGUUCCAACAUGUUAGGAAAAGAUAUUAUUUAAAUAAAUCAGAUGUGUGUUGGUAAUCGGCCACUUAGAGAAUUGAUUCAGCAGCUUUGCACCGUAGGGCCGUAACUUUAGCACAUAAACAUAGUACCUGCUGCUGAAUUAAGAUGUAUCUGUUUCUCAGCUCUUGUGCUGAGAAGCCCAACUGAAGUUAAUAUAUUUUGUUUGUAAUAACAAAUUCAUGUGGAAAUAUAAAUUAAAUAGUUCUGUUUUUAUUUAAAUCAGUUGCAGCUUUUCUAAGGGAUACGGUGGUAACUGAAUCAGACCACGUAAUGCAGUUCCCUUUCCUCUUUACUCCAAACAAGAGCUAAAACGUGUGUAUCUCUGUGCAAGCAGUGCACGACCAUCACUCAGUGCAUGAGCGGACCGUGUGCUCAGCUGUGGUAUUGCAGAGAUGGCGUUGGUUCUGCUACAGCUCCUGCAAAGCCUACAGCACAAAGAGCCCUACGGUGCACGGCACAGAAAUGCGAUGGUGAUGUGGUUCUGCAGUAACGUAACAUCAAAGAAGGGCAGAACUCGAGUUUUUAAUGCCUAUAAUAAUAGACCUGUGGAGAUGUUCUGUAGACUAUCAUCUGGAUUCCAAACACAUUAAGGAAUACAGAGAAAAUGCCAUUCAGGUGAAAUUCUGGUAGACAUUCCUAUGGAUUUUACUGUUCACCUGGAUGCAGUGGUAGAAGGAUGGUGGUUUUAAACAGGCGUAGAAUGUAAAUUAAAUAAUUCCCUAUAAGCCUCCUUAUUGGUGCUCCACUCAGCAUUUAGUUGGAAACCACAGAAUGCUUUCAGAUCAAGCAGAGUCGCCAGUCAGAAAUGAAACACUCAGCAUACCUGUACGUAAGCAUAUUCCCACUGUGUAGAAUGUGAGGAUUUGGAUUGUACUUCAGAUUAUGAAGAUUUCCUUUUCCAUGAACCCAAGGGGAAAAUUUCAGGGAUCUAUGAGACGCUGGAAUUUAUUUUUUUUAUGCGGAAGAAAUAUAUGUUCACAUAUAUACAUAGAUAUAUAUGAGUGUGUGCAGGCACAUUUAUAUGUGUGUAUGUAUGUAUAUGAAUUUUUGUAUCCCAAAAGUAUUCUUUGCCCCCUUUAAUCUGAAAAUAUAUAUAUUAUAUAUCGUAUAUAUAAUAUAUAUUGAAGGUUGUGUAAGUUUGAGUACAGUCAUUUCAUCAGUAACACCUCUUCAACAAUGACUCGGGCCUCUAUUUCUUUAGCAUUUGGCUUGUUGCUAUUGGAAGGUUUUGCAGUUGAAAUCCUUGGGUUUUUUUCUUUUAAAACUUAAUUAUGCUGAGCAUCUGACAGUAUGUUCUUGUCUUUAAUAGAAGGGGAAACAUUAUUUUUAAAUUCGGGGUUCCAAAAUGGAUGAUCUUUUAUAAGUGAGAUUCCUUUAAAAUCCCUUGGAUAAGGGAUUUGUUUUUCUUGAAUUUGAACUCCAUUCUUGUGGGUAAUUUGUACUUGGAAUUCCUGGUUGCAUUGCUUUAUCUGGUGCUUCAUAUCAACAUGUACACGUUUUUAUAUGAGUAUAUAAACUUCAAGCCUUCCUUUGUGAUCAGGGGCAGUUACACUCUGGUUUGCUGUGGUACUUUGCUGUGUACUCUGUGGCAUUCAUGUUACUGUGUAAAUAAACUAGUUUUAUUACACUCCAGCAAACGUCACCUUCUCUCAUCUUUCUCCUAGGUAGUUAGCUUAGAAUUCGUCCUUCUGAGGAAAAUGCACAUGGCAAGCUGAGAAAAAGAGCGAGCUCCAAGCAAAGCUGGCUGGUGGGCAGCAGCAGAUAGGCACGUCCACACCGGGGAGACCACCGUUGUCACCAAAGGGGCUGAGCCGAAGCUAGCAAUUUCCCCGGUGUGGACAGGGCUCAGCUGACCUGAUGGGAAGGAGUAAAAUGGCUCUCAAGGAAAUUUUUGUGUGCUGUGACCGUGCGGGAUGCCUUCAAGGCACUUGUCUGCGGUGGAAUUCAUUUUGUGUCUGAUCUGUUACCUUGAAGCAUACAGCCUGAUGGAGGGUCUGUCAAUAACAGAUGGGAUCAUACGCGUCUUCCGUGCUCAUGCAGACGCACUUCAGCAGCAGUGAGAUGAAACAGCUCAUUUUGGUACCCAGACCUGAUAGGCAGCAAUGGCAGCUGCAGAUGCUAAUUUAUUAGCAUAGCACAGAUGACAUCACACACGUUGGAGCAAUGCUGUGGUUCUGCAUGACAAUCGCACUGCUCAUAAGUAUUAAAAAAAACCCAGCAUCCUGAGGGCUCAAUUCGUGCAGAGCUCCAAUGGCUUUGUACAGGUAAUGUCAUCAAUUUCGGUGGGAUCAGAAUUAGUCUGCUGUAACUGCUACAUGCCUUUCACAUCCAUUCCUCAGACACUGUCUCAAAGCCUUUCAAAACCAGCAGAAGCUGGAGUCCUUAUGCUUCUUAAAAAUACAAAGCUGACAGACUCCGGGGAUGUGAGUAAAUACGCAACGUGUUUAACAGCCCGACCUAUUUUGGCUUUGCCAGGGUAAUCCCUAUUGACCUGAACAAAGUGCCAUGGACUCAGCUAAACAGAGUCAGAUUGUGCCAUUUGUCAGUGGCAAUCAACACUCUGGAGGGAAAAGAUACUUAAAAAGUUACUUGUCAAGAUCUGUUCGAACUUCAUUCAGUACGAGCUCUGGUGGAUGUCCAUAAGUGCUCACAGACUGGCAUAUCUCAUUUCAGCUUGUGCCCAGCACGCACAGAAGGGAAGCUAACAGGCGCCUGGUUUAGGCUGAUGUAAGAAUAUCUCUUUCUGUUUUUUCACCAGCUCGGAAAUUCACCUUAAUGGUAGGCAGUCACUAAGGACUUGGUUUCCAUGUACAGCAAACUUGUCUUUGUGUUCCAGAAAACCUUCAUGCUCUGCAGGGUCCCUGUUUUGCCCAACUUAGUAAGAGUCUGUGCUGCCAUAUAUGAAUGAUAUCGCAUAUGAAUCAUAUCAUAUCAUAUGAUAUUCAUAUAUGACUAUGAAAACUGUUACUGGCAGUUUUAACCAGAACUACACAGGCAUAGCCAGCUCACGAGGCAUACUAACAAAGUUAGCCACUGGGAGAGCCGCUGGGGGACUGUGGAGCAGAUUUAGGAGUAUUAAAUCCUAGGGAACAAAAUCGUGGCCAUUGAACGUCAUCUGUCAGCAUCUUAACUGUUGCAUCACACACACUUACAAGACCUGUUUGUUUUACUGUCAUCAGAGUGCUGCUUUGUCACAUUGCAGCUUGCAGAAUCAGGACAUACAGUUACUGGAAGUAACUGACAGUUAUUUAAGGUUAAGCCACAAAACCCUCUACUACAUUUCAUACUCCAAAAAGGUGAGGAAUGGGAACGAGGAGCUCAUUGCAAAGGUAUGUACCGCUGUCUGGUUGUUUUUUUCAGUACCAGCCAGUCUUAUCAUAGUCCCUGUUCAACAAAUGUGAAGCUGCUGUCUCAGGCAGUUGCAUGGUGUUUUAUAGAUGCUGGAAUGUGCCGUGCCACUGGCAUCACCUGAGGCAGAGGGAUCCAGAUAGAUCUGAGCACUGCGCAAUCAGCAGCAGCAUGAAGUUCAACAAAGGUAAAUGCCAGGUUCUGCACCUGGGAUGGAGUAAUGCCAGGCACAGGUACAGGCUGGGAGAUGAGUGGCUGGAGAGCAGCUCAGCAAAGAGGAAUGUGGGGCUGGUCAACAGCAGGCUCAGUAUGAGCCAGCAGCGUGCCCUGGCAGCUGAGAAGGCAAACUGCAUUGGGGUGCAUCAAACACAGCACAGAUAGCCAGUCAAGAGUGAUUUCCCACAUUGGUGCAGCCUCACCUUCAGUACUGUGUGCAGAUCUGGGCUCCACAAUACAAAGAGGACGUUAAGGUCCUGAAAGUGUCCAGAGGAAGGCAACAAAGAUGGUAGCAGGGAUGGAAGGCGUGUCCUGUGAGGAGAGGCUGAGGGCACUUGGGUUGCCUUAGUGUGGAGAGAAGGAGGCCAAGAGGUGAUGGCUUUAUUCUCUACAGCUUCCUGAGGGGGGGAAGUGGAGAGGGCAGUGCUGGUCUAGUCUUCCUGGUAACCAAGGCCAGGGCUUGUGGGAAUGGAGCAGAGCUGGGCCAGGGGAGCUUUACAGUAGGUGUUAGAAAAAAAAUGUACCGUGAAGGUGGUUUAACACUGGAACUGGUUUCCUAGCACAGUGGUUGAUUCUCCAUGCUGGGUAGUGUUUGAAGAAGCAUUUGGAUAAUGCCCUUAAUAAUAUGCUUUCACCUUUGGUUUGCCUCGAAUCGGUCCAUCAGUUGGACCAGUUUUUUUUUCCCAGUAGUUUAUCUGUAAGAAGCAAACUAUUAGCUUUGCAAAAUGUAAACCAAAAUGCAAAAGGACAUCAGAGUUCUUCUAAAGAAAAUGGAGAAUUACAUCAAGAUAAUAAAAUCAUCUGAGUUCCUACACAGGCACUACAUUUAUAUCGAGUCGCUGCUGGAGAUGGGCCAGUAGUCUGCCCACAUGCAGCCACUACCUCAGCCAUGUGAAGAAGAACACCCUGUAACCUGUGGAGCUAGUUAUGCAGCUUCUGCUGUCCAGGAGAGCAAGCUUCCUACCAAGCUUUCUCCAUUUUAUUACUGAACUGAGGUUUAUGCACUGCACGACGCAAGGUCAUGCAUUUGUGUUUGUGCAGAUGCUACUGCUGACGCUGCUAUCACAAAGGUUUGCUUAGGCUUGAGACAAGGAGCAGCAAGAUAUCAGAUGAUGUUCUGGGAUGCCACAUGACAAUUUUUUUAUUGCACUAGUUAUAAAUGUUAUAACACCGUUCACUGGUCCAUAAAACCCAGAGCUUCACCAUUCCUGCCACUUUUGCAGCGAUUAAUCAUUCAAAUCGUUUCCCCGUGGCAUGAAGCACUUCCCUCCACGUGUAUCACUUUGGAGACUUCAACAUCUCCCUCCACAAAAACCUCAGCAUACAGCCCUACCGUCCUCACAGCUGUCAGAUGGUUUUGGUCUGUGUGUUUUUCAGCUGAUACGGCACAAACUGAGGGAACAGAGGUAAGGAUGUGGGCAUUCUGUACAAAUGUCAGAACCCGUCUUAUGUCCACUACAUCAGCACCCUAUUUGCUUGCCCUUAGGUAGACGUCUCUAAGCCUACAGCCUUGACUUUUGAAAAUGCUAGAUGUUCUCAUUAGACUCCGUGGUUUAUUUUUUAGUGAUAGGGAUUCGUCUGUGUUUAUUCAACUCAACAUUUCCUUUGCUGUUUUUGUCCACUUUUCCAAAUAAUUCCAGUCCAUCUGGAGUCUUUUACAAUCUCCUGCAAUUUAUACUUGUCUUGAAAAUAUCUCACUUUGUGAUUAAUCACUUCUUCCUGCAAAACAGAAUUGGAAACAUUUCACUUGGACUGGUUUUUGGACACACUUGUCUGUCUUUUCUAAAUAAUUCCUACUUGUUACAGAAUUGUUGUCCUCUAUAAUUAAAAGGGUUUUCUUUUUUUUCCCCACUCACUAGAAGUAAAGUAAGAACACAGUGUGAGUUUUGUGCUGAAGGGGAAAAGGAUGCAGGAAUACUGAAGCAUCUACCGUAUCUACUUGCAUGCUAUUCACCACUGAUUCAUAACCGUCCUCUAUGACUUGGGAGCCUCCAUCAAUUUCCAUCUAUCUCUAAUGAUUUUUAUAGAAUUAUAAAUCAACUUCAUCAAUUUUAAUAAUGGCAGCUUGAACAAGAUAAUAACAAGAUUACAAAGCCUCUAAAAAAAAAAAAAAAGGAAUUCAAAGCUAUAGCACUGGAGUAGCAGAUCAAGCUGCUCUGACAUUCAUUUCAGCCUAAAUAGGCAUCCAGGUUUAGACUAGAACUUUGUGUCCUCUGCCCCUUCACUGCCUUCUCUCUUCCAGAGCAGUGUCAGCGCCUGUGUACUUCAGGAGCCUUGCAGCAUUCCUUCUGCAUGGGCCAGCCCUGUUCCCCAGCGUUGCUGAACAGCCUGACUUACAAGGAGGCAAUGGGAAGGGGCCUCAUUAACAUCACUACGAGUCCAGUGUUUGACUCCUUUGGCACACCAUUAGAAAUGUGUGCAUCAGUCUACAGGCUUCCUAAGCCCCUAAUCUACUACCUUAUUACCUUGGUGACUUUAAGCAGUCUACUGCGAGCUUCCAAGUCCUUGUGUGAUUAGCACAUGCCAUUCCUGUUACUCCCAAGAGGAACGUGGUCCCUUCUGUGAUGGUGUAUGAUAUCUUUCAUUACCAAAUCGGUGUAAAACGGAGCUCAGUAAGAGCUCUGGGAACAAAGGCAGAGGAUGAGGGCACACUGGAACACAGCAGAACACCACCUUGUAAACCAUUUAUUUCCUACUGAGUAACUUGCAAAAUAGCAAAUUGUCAAGGCUUUUUCUUCUGCUUUAGUCAAAAGGCAGACUCCUAACAGCUUGGGUUCCUUCACACUGUGCUGGGUACUGUUCCAAUACUGAUGCACUGGAAACAUGCCAUCUGCUGAGCAGCAGACCAUGGGCUCCAUUCAGCCCGAUCACUCAGGAGCAGACACGGGGGAGGUGGGUGGAAAAUAACCAGUCCCGGUCUCCUCUGGAGCUGUUGGCUGACAAGAAGGGCUGUCAUUCCAAUGGUAUUGCAAAUUUACACAGAAAAGACAAGACAGUGGACAAUAAGCUACCUACUUUAGCCAUGUUUUCAAGGUGAUAUUUUAAGAAAUAAGAAAGAUGCCUCACAGUCCCCUUGAAGUAUAUCUGUGUCAGCUUCUGUCAAACACCAUCAGAGCUGGCAGCCCUACAUCUGGCAGCUCUCCGGCUCCACAGAACUGGGGGCCUUAUGAGAUAAGGCAGCCCAGGAGAUCAGAGAACUGGCCGGUAAGCAUGACUGGUGACUUCCCUGUGAGCCGAUAUGAAGUGGCUGCAGAGCUGCUCCACGUUACUCAGUGUGCCCUGUGCCAGGACUGUGCCAGAAAUCCAUCAGCUCAUCCUCAACAGAACCUGCUGUGCCAAGGCAGUCUGCCCUCAUCCAUCCAAGCAUGUCCCCCAUAGAGAAGAACUUCUACAGAGCUGAAUCACAGAUGCAGAAGAUACAUGGAACAUCCCAUGGACGAUGGCAAAUGAUUUGAUUCUCCUACCAGCUGAACAAAGAAGCGGCCUCACCCACACAGACAAAUAUCUGGUAGCUCACAAGCCCCAGAGCACCCUGGACAAGACGAGUCACUUUCCCAUAAAAGGGCUGCCAGGCAGGCAGGUUUCUGCCUGCAUUUGCAGUAAGAGCAGCCUGGAAACGAUGCAGGCAGAGUUCGGUGGAGUUACGCCAGCUUACACUGCUAAGCAUCUAACCUAUAAAUCUUAUUAGUAAGUUUAAAUAAGUCUAAGAGGAAAUGAUGUUAAAUUUACCAUAGACCUCAUUCUUCUUGGAGUUGUGUCAAUACUCUCCCUGCUGGGCUGAACCUGUCACCCAAGGCUGCCCAUCUUUGAGGCUUGAGCCAAUAGCAAUCGCUGGCAAAACUAACCGUCCGCAAUAUUUCCUCUAACGCCGCAUGUCUUUGUAAGGCUUUCUUUUCCUUUUUCUCUUCUCCUCUUCUCCUUUGAUUCUUUUCCAAAUUUUUCUGAUCGGUUAUUAACUAAGUGCCAGCUCAUCGUGGUUUUGUAAUCAGAUUAUCUGGAAAUACCUGCCUAAAGCAGUCAACACUGAUUAAAAGGAAGGGUGGCCAUUGUGUUACCUUUAAUACGAACGACUCAGGUCUCGAGGCUGAGACUGAAUUAUAGGAGAGCUCAACUUAACAAGGGAUUGAAUUAAAUUAGGAACACCUGAUGGCAACAUUUCCUACGUCUCCAAACUGCCAAAAGAAAACCGUGGCGUGGUUGUGAAUUUAUGCUAUCCCCUGAAAAGGAAGGAAGAACAGCCUGGUUGAACUGCUUCUGGAAAGCAGGCCUUAUCCCCAAUCUAUUUCGAUAAGUGCUAAAAAAUCCAUAGCAAUUUUGAAGGGGGAUAUAAUAUAAAAGAUCCUAUCUGAGUAACAGCCGUGAGGUCACUGCUAAUUGCUUAUUUUAUACAGCUAGGCUGGAUUUCUGAUGCUCUAUUUGUUAGCCCACACCCAACUGUGUACACAAUUGCUAUGAUAGAGAAUGGGAGACAUGGGUGCACAGAGCUUCUGAAAGCAAAGUCACACUGAGGUUGCAGGCAAACGUUAUAUAGUCUUCCAGUUAUUAAGAUUGAUUUUUAAUAAUUGUAUUUUUCCACACUUCCCAACAUGUUUUAAUGGAGGGUAUGAUACGAUAACACUUGACUAGUUUCUAACUUAGAUGCAUUUACCAGUUCUAAAUAGCACAGGAGAUUAAUAUUUCAGGCUUGCUCUGUAAAGUGAGCAGUCGCUGGGCUCAGAGCGUUGUCUAGACUGAACUGAUCUCCACAGUUUUAAAAGUGGCCUCUGUGAUCCUACUUAUCCUUCUAAUCAUCAGCAAUCCCAUUGCUGUUCCUGCCCCGAGUCCGACUCAUCACAGGAGUGCCUGUGUUGCACUGCAUUUCAGUCACUUCAGUGAGAUCCUGAACUGCACUUGAGAAAUGCUUCAGCUGACUUCAAUUGAUUGUUUAUUAUCUCCUGACAGUAAGUGCUAAUUACACAGCUGAGAAAAUUGGUUUGUCCUUUUAGCCGUUCUUUCUCCCAGAAAGGUAGAAAAAGGAAUUUUUGAUGACUUAAAUUUCUUUUGUACUCUGGUUUAAUGUGCGCAGAGAAAAGAUUAUUCCUUCCAGUAUGGCUAAAUGUGAGAGCCUGCCUUACAAAAGCAAUAAGCAAAUCAAGAGGAAAAUCUUGGCAUCCUGAAGUUGUGACCUAAUUCUGUCCUUCACUGUUUCCCCCUCUCUCCAAAACAUCCUAAGUUCAAAAUAGCUGCCCUUAUUCAGAACAGUUCUCCUUUCUGCUCAAAUAGGUCACUUAGAGAAUGCAGGCAGUAACUGCACAUAGCCCUCUGAAACACACAGCUGCCACGCUGCCCACCCGGGCAGCUCUCAGACAGCCUCUGGAAUGCUUUACGUCUCUGGAAAAGGCCUUUCUUCUGGUAAACACAGCUGCAUUUUAUAUCAAACAGAGUGAUGUUUCCCUGUUGAUUUGAAAAAUCGAUUGCAAUUACAGUCAGGAAAAAUAUCCAGGUUCAGUGUGCAAUUCAUUGGCCCCCAGCCGCAGAGAAAUCCCCGUCGUGCAUAUAGCAGAUCUCUGGCUUGGCAGUUCACGUGCAAAAUGUGGCUGCACUUUGGGUGGAGAUGUGCAUUUUACAAAGUGCAUCUUUUUUUCUUAAGGGGUUUGAGUGUAGAUUAAGAGUUCCACAGAAGGCCGCAAAGCUAUGCCAAUUCAGAAUGCCUCAGAGCCCCGUUUGUGGAAUGCAGACGAAGAAUAUGAAAGGAACAGAUGUAACGUAUUCUUAGGUAUGUGGUGAAUGUCUCAGAUGGUAAAACAAGAUGGUAAUGAGCCUAGGAAGCCCCGGGGAGUUAAAUUACUUAACUAUAAUGCCUCAUCAGUCAGAAGCUUGCAAUAAAAGGCUGCGGAGCCCUGGCAAAGCUGUCCGAGCAGAGAUGAGCGAAGGGCUCCCUCACACCAAAGGUUCUGCUAUCCCUGGAUGGGGGUUAAAGGGAACACUUGUUUUCCUUGAGAAAAGAGCAUUGAGAUUCCUGUUCUUUUGCACUGCUCAAGUUACUGGGAGCACUGUACUGCAACUGCCAAGAGAAAAGAGAAGAAAGAUUUACUGAACACAUCCAGCAUAGUCUGGACUUUCUGUGCAAGUAUAUUUCAAAGGGGCAGUGUUAUUAUAGUUGGGAAUUGCAAAUUCAGUCUUUUGCCUCUGUUUUCACUGAAUUUUAUUGUUACUUUUUUUUUUUUUAACCCAAAUCAAUAAUAGCAGUAGUACAGCAUAUUCUUCCUAUUGCUUCCAUAUAAAUAUAUUUUAAAAGCCUACACUAAUAUUUGCCACGUGUUUCACUACAGAGAAGUUCCCAUGGGGAUUAAAACAAGAUUUAAAGAUGAAAAUACGGGUUUUCAAAUGAUGAAAUACAGGUUUCCUUUGUGGUCUACAGAGCUACGGUACAAGAUCUCAGUACAAAGCUAUACUUAAACAUUCAUCACAGUUUCUACUUCUCCAGAAUAUCCUCACAGCCUCCUCAAAGACUUCACAGACACACAGGUUGACAUACAUGUCAUACCACGCUGUCCCAUCAGGAAGCAAAGGGAUGUGGACACUGUGAAAGGGAGAUUUUACACAAGACAGUAUGGAAUGUGUGAUGUCUGACCUCAUCCCUUGUGUUCUAAAAUACAUACACCUGUCUGCUUCAGCAGAACAGGUAAACUGCUGACACCCUACUACUCACCUGCAGUAAUGACUGAUGUUGUGACUAGCUCAUCCUACUGUGCCAAAUUAUAAGAAUCCAUUCUCUAGUGAAUUAAGAAAGCUGCUACAUUAGGGAAGGGAAAGGGAAAGGGAAAGGGAAAGGGAAAGGGAAAGGGAAAGGGAAAGGGAAAGGAAAGGGAAAGGAAAGGGAAAGGGAAAGGAAAGGAAAACAGCAUUUAAUUCCUGCAGCCUUUGUGUGACUAUUGCUUGUGGAAGAACCUCAUAGGCUAUACCUAGAGAUAGACACACAACAUUGUUUCUAAGUCCAUAGGCUUUCUACAGAAAAAAAAAGUACUUUCUGUUUGAAUCAAAGGAGAUAUAUUUUAUUUUAUGCUAUGGAAGCUUCUGUAAGUAAUACAGAGAUCCACAGCAGCUGAGGUGAUUGCCUGAGGAUUUCUGAUAUAGAGGAGUUCUGAGUUAAAAACAUGAAAUAUCAGUCAAUUACAUUGGGUUUAAGAUGAAAGAGAACUUUACUGGAAUCAACAGUACUAUGGUGUAACACACUGGAGAGCUAAGUUCCAGAUCUUUUUAGUUGCUCUUUGCUUACUGGAAAACUGAAACCCCUUGGAGUCCAUGACAAGACUGCUCAAAAUCUGUAUAUCCACAGUUAAGGCCCCCAGGGAUGAUGGUUACAAAUGGAUCACCCAGUUAAUCUGUUUUGUGGAAGUAUCCCUUGAUGGAUAUCAAAAGGAAAGCGUGUUCAGAUAGUAAGACAUGAGCAAGAGGCCACAACCACAAGCAAAUUCUCCUGUUCAUCUUCACAGAUAACACUACAAAAGCCAAAGCCUGGAAAUGGGGAUGAAGGUGUGAUUCCGCAUUGGUGAGGAAGUUGUACGUGGCAAGGAGAGCAUACCUCUGCUGGGGGAUAUCGGCUGACUCACCUCUACAAUGCAGCAAGGUCCAUAAAUCCCUGCUUUGGGAUCCUAUUAGUUCAGAAGCCACCAAAUGAUGCUGCAUAUAUAGAUUUUAAAGUCCUUAGUCUUAACAUGGGAACGUAUAUGGUCUUGGAGGAAACACUUGCUCUUUUUUGUUUUCGUGAGGCCUUCCCUUAAAUAAAAGAGUUAAUAAAAGACUUUCAUGUACUAAAAGAAAUCUUUGAAAGAUACGGUGAGGAUUAAAUAACGCUAGCAAGGUACUUAGGCUUUUCAGAUUAAAAUAACUACAGAAUAGCAAAGUGUUCUUAUCUACUGUUAGUGUAACACUGACUCUAUCUGUCUCUUUAGCAUCUUUCCUCUGAAGUGCUAUGACCAUCCUGCUCCUACUAAUCCAGCAUCUAAAGACAAUCAGCACGAAUAUUCAGACUAUAGAUUCCUCUCUCAUCACCCUCUAAAACGGGUUCUCGUUACAAUAGAUAUUAGAAGUCACUUGCACUAAAGCUUUGAGCAUCAGAAGGGGAAUGGAGAUCAGAGCUCUGGUUUUGAGUCUCCUUGAAUUUGUUAGAGACGUCCGGUAGAUGGCAGCAAAUGGCACUCCAGGGAGCGAGAUAGCCUGAAGGUGAAAGCCUGCGAGCUGCUAGCACACGCUCGGGGUUAGCAAUUACACGGGUUUUUUCUUCUACCCAUUAUGAACUGAACUCAUUUAUUUUGCUCUUUGCAGACAGAACAAAGCCAUAGGAGAUUUUCACAGUGUUGUACUCAACCGAUGCAUAACAUGCUGGAUUCACCUACUUGACACCAGUUUGCUUUGCUGCUCCUUCUGGGUACUGAGCCCCGGCUGGCUUACUUACACAGAGUGCUGAUGUUACAGUAUGACUCAGCAAACUACAGCUGAUGGAACAACUCAGAUCUGAGCUAAUAACUGGGUAUUUGAUUUUGAAGUCCUAUUCAAGGCAAAUCCAAAAGGCAGCAGCAGGCAUACUGUGCUACGUGGGAGCCUAUGUGUUCAUCACAUAUGACGACUAUGAUCACUUCUUUGAAGAUGUCUACACGCUCAUUCCAGCAGUUAUCAUCAUAGCUGUGGGAACACUUCUUUUUAUUAUUGGACUUAUUGGAUGCUGUGCCACGAUUCGCGAAAGUCGCUGUGGACUCGCUACGUUUGUGAUCAUCCUGCUUCUGGUUUUCAUUACUGAAGUGGUGGUGGUGGUUCUUGGAUACAUCUACAGAGCAAAGGUAGAAGAUGAAGUUGAUCAUAGCAUUCAAAAGGUAUAUAACGGAUACAAUGGGACAAAUCCUGAUGCAGCCAGCCGUGCUAUUGACUAUGUACAGAGGCAGCUGCGCUGUUGUGGGAUCCAUAACUACACAGACUGGGAGAAUACUGUCUGGUUCAAACAAACUAAGAACAACAGUGUGCCACUUAGCUGUUGCAAAGCAACUCUCAGCAAUUGUACUGGCAGUUUGACCCGUCCAAUGGACCUUUAUUCUGAGGGCUGUGAGGCUCUGGUUGUAAAGAAGCUUCAAGAGAUAAUGAUGUAUGUCAUCUGGGCAGCACUAGCAUUUGCUGCUAUUCAGCUUCUGGGCAUGUUGUGUGCCUGUAUAGUAUUAUGUAGAAGGAGUCGGGAUCCUGCUUACGAACUUCUCAUCACUGGUGGAACCUAUGCCUAGAAGACAAUGUGAACAACGUGGUUCAAUCUUAUCUCACUUGUGUGGAAGGUGAAUGGGCCAGGUCUACUGCAAUAGUUUUCUUGUCCUAAGCUUAGUCAGAGCACACCUUUCACAGAUGAGGAGAGCUGUACUGUACACUGGUGACGGGCAAAGCAACUCAGCUUUACACACACCCAUAUAUACCUGUGACUUUCACUGUUCUAGCCAGCAAUUCAUGUAUCUAAAUGUUUUAGUAUACUAGUAAACUUUCUGAUUUCAAAACUAUAUGCAAGUUAAGUGUAAAUUGGCUGAUGGGGAAGUCAAAGGAUGUGUGCCUACUUUGGUAGAUUACCUCUACGCAUUAACUGACUGAUUCUUGCAUAGAGAGAGAUAAUUUGUUAAACCUUCACUACAUGGAACUUUUUUGGCCAAAGUUGUACAAAGGAAGCCAGCUGUAUUUAAUUUGAGAAGUAUUUUAGUCUUGCCCCUCACCAGUGUCACUUUUUAAAAACACUUAAGUGAAGUCCAGUACUCUUUAUAUAUAAAUAGUAAAACAAAAACUAACCGAAAUCUUAGGAUCAUGCGACUGCAUUUUCGACCUUCAGAGAUCAAACCUUUCAAGCAUUAGUGUUUUAAAAUACAAGCUGGCUUUUCAGGAGUAUAAUGUAUGCACUACUGUUCUAUAAUGAAAUAUUUCAUUUUUCUAUGAGGAGCGGUUUUAUGUGUUGAGUGAACUGUUAGAGUGUAGCUCUUAAACUGGUUUGGAAACGAUGUAGCCAUGUAGAGUAGCAAAGUAGUAUGUGAAAGUGAUCUCAACUGUAAAUAGUAAACCUGAUUAAAUAAAUCUCUGUAUAUCCGCCCUA